GUCUCCGUUUGUGUCUCUGUGUCUGUUCAUCGCUUCAAAGGACCAUAGGAAAAAAAAAAGAGAGACAAAUACGGAAGUGACUGUGUCGGGCGGGGGCUGCUCAGUCAGGACCAGGAGCCUUCCUCUACUUGCCUGCUGGGGAAGGGGCGUGCCGUCACUGGAUGGGGGCGGGGCUAGUCCUGCCCUUCCCCCAAGGUCCAAGGGGAGAAGCAGCCUAUGUGAGCGAGGUUGGAGUGUGGGGGAUGCUGGUGCCCACAAGCCACGAAAGGAGCUCUGAUCUCUGGCACAGAACAAAUGCCAACACGUUUUCCCCAACCUCGACCUGAUUCCCAUCUCUCUGUCCAGCAUCUCCUACCCCUCCCUUUACCCAGUAACCUCUCCUAGGAGUCUCCCUCAAUCAACCCUGUGCUUCCAAUGCAGUUUCUGAAAGGAAUGAAGCCAGAGUGCAGCAGAGGGGGUGGGGAGGCUUCUUUCUGAGGCUCCCUGUUCCCUCCUGCGGGGAGAGUCUCCCCUGAGGCCAGGGGAAGGUCCCUGGGAGCCCCUCUGAGCCCUCCCCUCUCUAAUUCCCCACAGGUGUACAAGAGGAAGUCUGCCCACCCUGGUGUUCCCACCCCCCUAAGGGAUCACAGUCUGGCCCAAGCAGAGACCGUGGAGCCAGAGGGGAUGGCCCCCGGGACCCCGAGGCCCCCUUCCCAGAGGCAGAGACUAAUUUUGAAGUGAAGAUGUCUCCAAAGCUGAGCCUUUUGGUGGAAAGAUCUGACCUUCCAAGAGGCAUGAAUAAGGAUCCCUGUGACUUCUUUUUGAGAGAAAUCUGUGACUCUAAAAUCAAGGUAAAUAAAAAUCCAAAGAGUGACUGCGAAUUUGAUGAAAUUGCAGAGAAAUUCAGCCAACAUUCAGUCCUAAAUCAGUAUAUGAAAUUGACCUCAGGAAAGAACUAUUGUCAUGUUAGUGAAUACAUCAAAUGCUUUCCUGAAAAGGUAGAAUUUGAUCAGUCACAUGAGAAACCUCCUAAAAUGCCUAUAUAUCAAGGUAACCUUGGGCAAAUCGCCUAUGGCUUGAGUUUAGACCUUAGAAGACAUCCAAAGAGGAAACAUUUAGAGAUUCUUUCCGUGAAUACUGAAGAGGUGAGACCUUUUGGUCAUAAUUCUGAGCUUGGUUCAUAUCAAACAAUCCACACUGGAAAGAAACCUUUUGAAUGUAAACAAUGUGGAAAGGUUUUCAUACACAGGGUAAGUUUUGCUUCACACCAGAGGAUCCACACUGGAGAGAAAUGUUAUGAAUGUAAACAAUGUGGAAAGGCUUUCAUAUACAGGGUGAGUCUUGCUGCACAUCAGAGGAUCCACACUGGACAGAAACCUUAUGAAUGUACAAAGUGUGGAAAGGCUUUCACACAGAGGAUUACUCUUACUAAACAUCAAAGAAUCCACUCUGGAAAGAAACCUUAUAAAUGUAAACAAUGUGGAAAGGCUUUCACAGAGAAGGGCUUUCUUGCUGCACAUCAGAGGAUCCACACUGGACAGAAACCUUAUGAAUGUAAACAGUGUGGAAAGGCUUUCACACAGAGGUGCUCUCUUGCUGUCCAUCAGAGAAUCCACUCUGGAGACAAACCUUUUGAAUGUAAGCAAUGUGGAAAGGCUUUCAGACGGAAUGACCAUCUUGCUUCACAUCAGAGAAUCCACACUGGAGAGAAACCUUAUGAAUGUACACAGUGUGGAAAGGCUUUCACACAGAGGAUUCAUCUUACUAAACAUCAGAGAAUCCACUCUGGAAAGAAACCAUAUAAAUGUAAACAAUGUGGAAAGACUUUCACAGAAAGGGGCUUUCUUGCUCAGCAUCAGAGAAUGCAUUCUGGAGAGAAACCUUAUGAAUGUAAACAGUGUGGAAAGGCUUUUUCACAGAAGUGCUCUCUUGCUGUACAUCAGAGAAUCCACUCUGGAGAUAAACCUUUUGAAUGUGAACAAUGUGGAAAGUCUUUCAAAUGGAAGGGGAAUCUUGCUCAGCAUCAGGGAAUCCACACUGGAGAGAAAUGUUUUGAAUGUAAACAGUGUGGAAAGGCUUUCACACGGAAUGACCAUCUUGCUUCACAUCAGAGAAUCCACACUGGAGAGAAACCUUAUGAAUGUACCCAGUGUGGAAAGGCUUUCAUACACAGGGUGAGUCUUGCUGCACAUAAGAGGAUCCACAUUGUAGAGAAACCUUAUGAAUGUACAGAGUGUGGAAAGGCUUUCCCACAGCAGAUUACUCUUACUAAACAUCAGAGAAUCCACUCUGGAGAGAAACCUCAUAAAUGUAAACAAUGUGGAAAGGCUUUCAAACACAGAGGCUUUCUUGCUAAACAUCAGAGAAUUCACUCUGUUGAGAAACCUUAUGAAUGUACACAAUGUGGAAUGGCUUUCAUAGAGAGGGCCUCUCUUGCUAAGCAUCAAAGAAUUCACUCUGGAGUGAAACAUUAUGAAUGUACACAUUGUGGAAAGGCUUUCACAGUGAGGGGCUCUCUUGUUGCACAUAAGAGAAUCCACUCUGGAGACAAACCUUUUGAAUGUAAACAAUGUGGAAAAUCUUUCAAAUGGAGGGGGAAUCUUGAUCAGCAUCAGAGAAUCCACACUGGAGAGAGACGUUAUGAAUGUAAACAGUGUGGAAAGGCUUUCACACGGAAUGACCAUCUUGCUUCACAUCAGAGAAUCCACACUGGACAUAAAUCUUAUGAGUGUACACAGUGUGGAAAGGCUUUCAUGCAGAAGGCAAGUCUUGCUACACAUCAGAGGAUCCACACUGGAGAGAAACCUUAUGAAUGUACACAGUGUGGAAAGGCUUUUGCACAGAGGAUUAAUCUUAUUAAACAUCAAAGAAUCCACACUGGAGAGAAACCUUAUGAAUGUAAACAAUGUGGAAAGGCUUUCACAGAGAGGGGCUCUCUCACCACACAUCAGAGAAUACAUUCUGGAGCAAAGCCUUAUGAAUGUACAUUAUGUGGAAAGGCUUUCAUAUCAAGGCGUGAUCUUGCUAGACAUCAGAAAAUCCAUACUGGAGAGAAACCUUAUGAAUGUAAACAGUGUGGAAAGACUUUCACAGAGAGAGGCUCUCUCACCACACAUCAGAGAAUCCACUCUGGAGAGAAACCUUAUCAAUGUACACAAUGUGGAAAGGCUUUCACUCGGAGUCACCAUCUUGCUUUACAUCAGAGAAUUCACUCUGGAGAGAAACCUUAUCAAUGUACACUGUGUGGAAAGGCUUUUACAGUAAGAGGAAAUCUUGCUAAGCAUCAGAGAAUCCACUCUGGGGAGAAACCUUAUGAAUGUACACAAUGUGGAAAGGCUUUCAGAGACAGGGGUAAUCUUGCUAAGCAUCAGAGAAUCCACUCUGGAGAGAAACCUUAUGAAUGUACACAAUGUGGAAAGGCUUUUGCAGAGAAGGGCAAUCUUGCUAAGCAUCAGAGAAUGCACACUGGAGAGACUUUAUAAAUGUAAGAAAUUCUGAUAGCCUUUCUCUUAAUAUGAUACCCCCUGAGCUUGGUGUUGACAAAUACAUGAAUCACCCAGGAAUACAUGACUGAGUUAUUAGGUAUGUGAAUCAAUUAUUAAAAGGAAGACAAAAAUAUAAAAAAAAACCCUACAAAGUGAUAUUUGGUAAAAGAUACAAACCAUUCAGAGGAAAAAUUCUGAAAAGCUGACUUGACAUAAUUAUGGCUACUAAGAAACCUAUAUGUGGCAUAAAUGAGGAAACUUCAGGGCACCUCCAAUUGGCUUGACACAACCUGUGGCCUGUAUUACUCUGUAACCUUAGAAAGUGUCCGCUCAUUUCUAUGUGCUUAUGACUAAAGUGAGGACUCUUCCUAAGAUGGUGGACUAGUCAUAUGGUAGAGUUUAGCCACCAUAUGCCAGGGUAAGAUUGAAUACCUCCAACGAAUAAUGUCCAAGGCUGAACAAUCUGUUUUCAUAUUGAAUGUAUGUCUAUUACAUAGACAUAGAUAAUAUAAUUCAUGACAGAGCCUAGGCAAUGUGUACCUUUGGAUGUUCAGAAGCUCAAAAUGACAGAGAAGAUCUAGGUAACACAGACUUUCUUAAGUGUAGGAGGACUAGGAAUCGAGUUUCAUUGGAGCUGUCCUAGAUUUCAUGUCCUGAUAGAUAUAUUUAUCCUCACUAUUUCUUUUACUAUCAGUUUUCCCUGUUUCAGUAUCUAGAACAUUGAGUUCACAAUAUGUUCCUGAUUCCUAUUGAUAGUCCGCAAUUCACAAAAGGAAUAUUGGGACCUCCAUCCUGAGAAAUGCCCCAAAUUUUGAACCUGUGAAGAAGCAAGAUGCCCAGAACCAUUCCUCCAAUCAAAAUUGUUCUUUAUCAGAGAAGUGUCUUCUCUGGUCUGGUAGCCAGAUAUUUUUCUCUUCCUGAUUGAGCAAACACAGCAGACAUCCAGCUCCUGCCAGGAUACAAGCCACAGUAAUCUUACAUGCCAUUCAUGAUCUUGGGAAAAAUGCAAGGGAGAAUAGUUCCUAGUUGGUAAAGGAGCAUGUGCCAAGGAGGAGUUCUGGUAAGCAUCUCUGCCUAGAUUCUAUCCUGCAUCUCAGCCUCCAAGGGAAAACCCAAAUUAAAAUAUGUUUGAACAUCUUUAUUCUUCCUUCCCAGUAAAUCCUUCUGGGAAAUAGCAGCUUAUUGCCUCAAGGACACUUGCUGAGCUUUGGAAAUUUGUAUAUAGCUGCCAGCACAAAAGUGCUAUGAUUCAGUGUAUGGCAUGGGGUGGACCAGGAGUCAUAAUCCCAGCCCUGCAGAGAACCCAGGAGAAUUGAGUUGUUGUCAAUGGGCUGCCAGCCUCUUAGACUCAGGCCAUAACCUGUUCUUUGAACUGGGCUGCAUAUACAUUCCAACUUGAGGGGCUAGAGAAGCCUCUUCUCGAGGCCUCUUCAUGAAUAGGGUAGUUGCCCCAGGACCAAGCUCUAUCAUCUUGCUAUCUGAACUGCGCACAGACCUUAGUAGGGCUUUCUUGGGAGUGACCAUCCGGAAAUGAGUUCAUGAGACUUUCUCUGCUAGAAUGGAAUAUCCUUGAGGGCAGAGACUUUCAUUUUGGUAUUUUUAUCUCUAGUGCCUACACCAGUACCAGGCCACAGUAGACUUUUAGUCAGUUCUUGUUGACUGACUUAGUCGAGGUGGCUUUUCUUAGUCCUCACUCUCACAUCUCCCACUGCUAUUGCCUACCCUUCUCAAAGUGCUUUUGUAGCUAUUCCAUCUAUUCCUUAUGGACCUUUUAUUGACCUAGCUUUUCUCACAUUUUCCCUCUUUCAACAUGGGCUCUUUAAAGGAAAGAAUUGUGUUGGAAUUAUGUCCAAGUUUUAAAAGAAUGCAUACCUUUUGAUCCAGUAAUACCACUACUAGGUCUGUAUCCUAAAGAGAUUUUUUUAAAAAUGGGAAUGGACCAGUUUGUAUAAAGAUAUUUAUAGCUGUGCUUUUUGUAGUGGCAAAAAAAUUGGAAACUGGGGGGAUGUCUUUCAAUUGGGAAAUGGCUGAACAAAUUGUCAUAUAUGAUGAUGAUGAUGAUAGAAUAUUAUUGUGCUGUAAGAAAUGAUGAACUGCUUGAUUUCUAUAAGAACUGUAAGGACCUACAUGAACUGAAGUAGAGUGAAAUAAGUAGAACCAAGAGAACAUUAUACACAGUAACUGAAACAUCAUGGAACAAUCAGAGGUAACAGACUUUGCUAUUAACAGCAAUGUAAUGAUCUAGGACAAUUCUCAGGGACUUCUAGAGAAAGAACUAUUGGAGUGGAAAUGCAGAAGAAAACAUGAUUUAUCACUUGUUUAUGUGGGUAUAUGAUCUGGGGUUUUGGUUGUAAAAGAUUAUUCUAUUACAAAAUGAAUAAUAUGGAAAUAGGUAUUGAGUGAUAUGUAAAACCUAGUGGGAUUGCUUGUCAACUAUGGGAGGGGGUUGGAAGAGGGGACGGGGUCAACAUGAAUCAUGUAACCUUUGAAAAUUUAUGUCAAUAUUUGUUAAUGGAAUAUAAUAAAGAAAAUUUAAAAUAAAAUAUUCUAAUGGGGA